CUUCCUGUUGCUCUGUUUCGGUGUUCACGUUUGUUACAUUUUAAGUUUGAGAAAGAGCGGAGAUGUCCUGCGGUGAGACAACGCCGGCGCAAAGGGCAGCCCAGUAAAUGUUGUUUUGAGAGCUAAUAGUACCGUUAUGAACUGCAUCUUAUACUGUAGACCUCAGCUUUAUUUUACUGUACAUAGGCGAGUAUUUUCUAUUAUAGGAAUGUGAGACAAGUCAAUUUGAGAGAGAUCAGCGCUGUGGGGAGACAAUAGUCUUUCAAUAGUGCUCCUCGGCUCCCUUAGCAAAGGGCAGCUGAAUGACGCUGUUCUGGGGGCUAACGCUACUCUUGUGAACUGUACGUCUUGCAGUGAUUUAUUUCUCUCUACGUGAGUGUGUUUUGUGCGUUACGAAUGUAAAUUUAGUGCAUUUGGGAGGGAAGGCUGCAAGGCAGCGCGGUGUGGGGAAACAAUGGCGCCGCUCAGCCCCGUCUCUGAAGGGCAGCUCAGUGACGUCGCUCUCUGCGCUAAUACCACUGUUAUAAACUGUGUUGAUACACUAGUCUGCGAGGAAGGGGCACGCUGGAACAGCGGCAAUGUCAAGCAAGUUGCCUCGGCAUCGCUCAAACACUAGGCUCCUUCCUACAGCAAGAACAAAUAAAGGAGGCACACACGAAAGCAAUUUAAAAAGCCAUAAAAACAGAGAAGGAGGUGAAGAGAAGAGUUUUCAGAAACCUGUGCAUUAAAGCAUGGAAGCAGACCACCCAACCCCUGAUGACCCUCCCGAAGGCAAUAAAAAUGUAAAAAAUGAGGGAAAUUGGCAUAAGCAGCAGCAUUUGAGGGAUGGUGCAGUUGAAGUUCCAGUGAUGCAGAGUGAGGAAAUGUGCGGUGGGAAAAAAAUGGUGAAGAGCCAUGAGAAGAACAAGGUGCAGACAGCCAGGAAAUCUUUUAAGAAGCCUCCCCUUAAAGGACACCAGAGCCUACAGGGGGCAAGCAUCCCUUGCAAAAUACUCAGGUUUCGCUGUUCUGAAUGCAAGGGAGAUGCAACAUUCAGCCCUAAUGACCUGACCAAACAUUUUCAGGGAGUUCACCAGGGAAGCCUACCUACUUUUCCAUGCGACAUGUGUGGUUUCAUCACCCAUGACUUCUCCAGCCUUCAGCGUCAUCGGUUAGGCCACCGGGACACUUUCGUCAGGUGUGAGAUCUGCAAUGAUGGUGUUCAGUACACUCUCCUGCAACUCACCAGACACUUCACCAUGUACCACAGCCUGAAUGGCCACUACCGCUGUGAAAGGUGCAAAUUCUCCACAAAGGAUGUGGGAACAUUUGUGCAGCACAUCCAUCAUCACAAUGAGGUUCAGUAUAAAUGCUCUAAAUGUAAGCAUGUUAGUUACACAAAGGGUGAGUUCCAGAAACAUCUUUUGGUUCACACUGGAACAUAUCCGUUCACUUGUCAAUUCUGCGACUAUGGGGCUACCAGAAAGGAUUACAUCAUUAGGCAUAUGGCUUCUGUCCACAGUAAAGAGAAGAAGAACAAGUGGAGAGUAAAAGAGGAAAACCCUAAAACACUAGUGAAAUCACCAGGAUUGAAGCUUCUGCUGACAAAGAAGCCAACUAGGGAAACUUGGAUGUCCAAAAGACUACAUGCUCUCUCUGGAAGUAAUCUGUUGGAUGAUUAUGGAAGACUGCCGAAUCCAGAAAAGACUUUGGAGGAGACUCAGCAGUUCCUGGAAAGAACUGUUGCAGCAGAGAAAGAGAGUAAGAACUGGAUUAAGGGUCUUAACACCGAACAGCAAUAUGUUUCCCAAGCCAUUCCCACUUUGUCGCAGCCUAAGACAGAGGGUGCUGUCCCUCCUAAUGCUGGAUUCCUGAACCCUGGCAGUAAUGGGCUCACUGUGCUUAUGGUCAAAAAUAAAAUUUCAAUCCCUCCUAAUUGCACUACAAAAGUCAUGGGCUUUAAGAUUGUGGAUGGAAAGAAACACUUAGUUCUCAAAGUUAUACCAUCAGCAAAGCAAGAAUCCUCUCCCAAAGUAGAUGCAUCACCAGCUGAUGUAAAAGAAACAGAGAGGCGCACAUCAGAAACUCGGAUGGAUGGAAACAGUUCAGACGUUGUUGUAGAUGGUACUGUACAUAACAGAAACCAGGCAAGUUCCUCCAACUAUGAUGACUCUACCAGGAGUGCAUCAUCUGCUUUUUCAGAAUCUUUGACAGCAAGAAAAAUGAGUGAAAACGGCAAUGUUGCAUUAACUUCACCGAAAGAGGUAGGGGAUGAAGGUGUUGAGGGGCAGCCUUCCAACACCGUAGAGACUGAAAAAUGUAGAGAGUUAAAAACAUCAACGGGAGAAAAUGAAAACGAGGAAUCUCCUUUGCUGGGAACUUUUGCAUCAGUACACAAAAGUGGCUCUGUCUGUGACAAGGCAGAGUGUGCGUCGCAGUCCUCCAGUGAAGAAGCCAGUCAAGUCAAAGGAGCUGCAUUGCAGGAUAUAGUCAAUAACCAUGGAGACAGAUAUAUAAAUGUAGAAGAUAUGCAGCCAUCUCAUGAUUCUCCACUGAAUGACGCAAGUGUCAGUGAGAGCAAUUCAGGGUCGACUUCGGUCAGCCAGGAAGUAUUCAGCUUUCAUAAUUACUCAAAGGACACGUAUAGUUGUUCCCCUGACAUGUCCUCACCUGGUAAAGAUCAGGGGUUCACAGAGCUCUUGAUGAAUGGACCUGAGCCAGAUAGUGCUCACAUGUUGUCUUUGGUUGACAGGAACCGGACACCAGAGGACUUGUCCGGGCUCAAUUCAGAGGAAUGUCAUGAAGAUGAAGGAUCAGAACAUCUUCCAUUUAAUUCUGGUCCUCUGAUGGAAAAAGUACCAGAUAGCGAAAUUGAAGUAGAUGAAUGUAUAGCCACCGUCGAAGAAGAGUGUAAUGGAAUUUCGCUAUUCCCCGAUUUGGUGCAAAGGCCACAUAGCACACCCAAGUGUACGCCUCGAAAUGAAGAGCAACAGCCUUUCGCUCUUGGUAAGGGGAAGGAGAAGGACACCAGUGUAUCAGAUUCUGCCUGUGAACAUCAAAACUGUACCCCAGAAAAGAAACUGGAUGUUUCCUUAAUGCAGAAAGUAACAGGAAGUGCGUGUAGAGCUGCUGCCUUGGGGCGCAUACUAGAAGAGCAUUCUGAUGCUAUUAUUAGUCAACAGCUUGAGAAGGAAAGGAAUGGCGCCACAGUGGCUCAUGAUGCAUUGAGAUCGCCUUCAACCAGUUUGAGGAUCCUCCAGUCUUUUAAUGUAGCAGAGGGUAAGCAACAAGUUUUCCUACAGACUGCUGAGAAUAAGUAUGCAGUGCCUGUUGAGCAGCAAGGCACUCCAGGAUUUAAGAUGAUUACUGGGUCUUCAGUUCCUCCGAUAAAUAUUUCUUAUCUGAAACCUGGAACUGAAAGACCAGGUAACAAACCAGCAGCACUGGCUUUUACACUGAAAAAUGGCAGGAUAGGGAAAGCUACACAGGUUGUGGGUGGCAAGGAAGCUGGUGGUGGUUUGGUCAAAGGUGGUAGGGAAGAAAGCAAAGCGCUAAGUUCUGUACAUCAGGGCAUGAGCUCCAGCAGCGGUUCCAGCCAUGUACUGGUCAACAGCUCACCUUUGAAAGGACCUCUGCUCUUGUCUAGUCCAGCCCAGACUCUCUCCAGAGAAAGGACUGUGAAUGCAUCAGCAUGUUUCUUGGUUCAGAGACCGCUACCUGUUGUGGCAACUGUUGCAAGGCCCGGCGGGGAGGCUAUCAGCCACGGUCUCCAGAAUGAAGGAGUGAGACCUGUGUUGGCAGUACCAAUAAAUUCGCAAGACCAAGCCACUAUUUUACAAGCUGGCCGUCAAGCGUUUCUCCUUAGGUAUGUGUCUCCACUUAAGUCGGGGAUACCCCUGAACAGUCAAGAAGGAAAUGUCACAAAUCAAAGCUGCCUUCAGAAUGAAAGCAUUGGCAAUAAGGUUGUUUUUAAGAUUGUUAAAAGUCCGUCUGACAGUUGCCCUCCCUGUGGUAGCGGGGAGCCGAAUAGCAAUGUAGCAACACAUGCUGCAGCUAACCAGCCAAUCUAUCUGGCCACUGGUGCUUUGCAGUCACCUUGUUUUCUGAUGUCGUCAAACCAAUCCAUUAUGACUGUCUCCACAGGAGUAAAAACCUCAGGAUCGUCGCGAGUUCCCAUGCAUGUACCAGUUACUGUUCCCCAGCUCAAGAACCUCUCUUCUUCAGCCCCCUUGCAAGGUAAAACUGGAGAAAAGGAAGGGCUGAAUAACAAACUUAAGAGAGUCCGCCUGCCUGCACCAAGGUCCAAUCAUCAGCCGGUCAAAAGAAAGAGGCAACGGAAGUCACAGACAGACGACUGCCUAGAGCCUGCAUCUAAAGCCAAGAGACAUUCAAGUAAAAAAUGUAGAGAGAAAGAGUUUUCACCCGCUGCUGCUCCGUGGGAGCCAGUGCCCAGGGAGGCAGAGCGAAUGCUGCGGCUUUCCCCCUUCUGUCCUGCUCAGCUAAUUAAGUGUCCACGACGAAACCAGCCCGUCAUAGUUCUCAAUCACCCUGAUGUGGACAUCCCUGAGGUCAGCAACAUCAUGAGAAUGGUCAACAAGUACAAAGGAGAGGUCCUGAAGGUGGCCUUGUCCCAAAGAACUGUAGAUGCGCUCUCUGAAUUGAACUGUGGCACCUUUAAAACAAGUCCUCCAGCACCUUGCCAGUCUACCCAUGGUCAGCGGGUGCAGUCAGAGAGUACCGCAAGGGAGAGGUUUAUUCUCAAACUGAAGUUGAAAAAGACCAGCAGGAAUAAGUACAAGGUUGUGAACACUACCUCUGACAGUGCUGAGCAAUCUUUGUCCUUCAGCUGCUGGUUUUGUGGUCGAAUAUUCGACAACCAAGAGGAGUGGAUUGGCCAUGGCCAGCGACAUCUCAUGGAAGCAACGAGAGACUGGAACAAGCUGUUUUAAAGCACCAAGGGCAUUAUGGGUAACGGAAAAGCAUUACAUGUUGAUUACAGUGGAUUCAUUUAGUCUCCUAGUCACCUAGUCCUUUAAUUUGUAACUCACCCGAGACUUAGAAAAGUAAUAAAUGUUCAUGUCAUUAAAAAUAACACUCACAAAAUCAUCCCGUGUUUGUGACUAUCAAAAAGGAUAGGCUGCGAUAUUAACAGAUAUAUUUUUAUUCUGUCACUGAAGGGUAAAAUGUUUUAAGUUGUCCCUUAUUUGAGUUGGGGUCUUUUUGUGAGUCCAUCUGGUACAACUUAAAACCAAAUGUGUAAAGAUUUUUUUUUAAUGUGUAUAUUGAACUGAAAUGUGAAGACGUUUGCAUUGCGCACACUGUAUUUGUAUAUAAAAGGCAGAAGAAGCAGAAAGCAGUCUGAGUGCAUGGAUGGUAUUGUAAAUGAACAUUUCUGUACAGGUUUCGGAUGAAUGCCAAUGCCCUGUUUUGAUUGUAAUCUAGUAAUACUUAAACGAGAAAGAAGGUGAUGGCUGUUGCUUAGAUCAAAAUUGCAGUCAGGGUGCUGUUGACGGUUGUUUUGAUAAAGCAAAUGCAAAUAAUUGAAAACAAUAUAUUUGCCCUGAAGUACAGUAGCAUUUUAGUGCUUUACUUUUGUGAGAACUACAAUAUACAUACUGAUCAACUCAGGUGAUUUAAUUUCUUUUUAAUUUUCUUAGAUGUUUAUCCAACUUCAGCAGCUUUUAGUACCAUUAUGGG